UAUGAAUACCGAUACCAAGUGGACUAUUCGUGAAAUUAAGAAGAAAAUUGAGAACCUUCAGAUGAGACUUGUCAAAGAAAAAAGGCUAAUAAAUAAGCCAUCCAACGCCACAAGAACGAGGAACCACCUAAAUGAGCCAAAGGGUUCGGUCAGAUCGAGCACAGUGUCUUUAACUCCGCCUGAGAAGCACCAGCUUGCCUACAUGAACAUUGCAAGGAAAUUCAUAACUUUCGCGAAUAGUGUAUGAAUUUUGUAUAUCCAAGAUGGGUUGAAGAACGAAGCUUAUGAACUUCUUAAAUAAAUGAUCAUACCUCGAACUUGAGCUACUUGAAAAUGAUGUGGAUAAGGUCAUGAAGUGGAAAGGCCACCUGCUUUACAACUAUAUUCUCUGUCAUUUCUUUGGAAAGUCCGCCCUUACUCUUCAAAAUUUGGGGUAUAUUUUGAAACUUUCUCGGAAGCUGAAUGAUACAAAGAUUAAAAAUUGGGAUUUCCUUUGCUCUAUAAAUUUCUUUGCCUUUUAUAUUUACUGGAAGUUCAAGAGAUAUGAUCAAUGAAUCGAGGCCCUCGAAACUGCACAAAAAUAUGUAUUGAAGCUAAUGGACAACGAACUCCCCCAGAGCAGUAAAAUUAUUGCCAAAGUUCAGGAGGUUGAUGAAGAGACUGAGAAAGAGUUUUCUGAUUGACCUUAUCUGGAAUCCUCUAAAGGAAAUACUAAAGAUCAGCCAAAGAAGAAACCUCAGAACCAGUUUAUAUCGUAUUAUGAUACCAGCGAUAGUGAAGAAAACACGAAGGAAAAUCCUUACCCUCAUGAUCAAUCACAGAGAUAUGAAAAUGAACCUAUUUCUGCUGAUGAUAAUGAUCCUAAAGAAAGCAGACUAUGCCAGUUGUCCAAGUUUAACCUUUUCGGAUUAAUAAAGCUAUGAAAUGCAUCACUAGUUCUGAUAAUCCAACAGGACAAACAGCAAGCUUUAGAAAUUCUAAAGCAAGGAAUUGAAACGCUAAGUAUUCUUAGUGAGAAAUUCGGGUCUCCUAUCAUCGCUCAAAACUUGUUAGAAAAUCUAUGUGACCAAAUUUAUUGCUCACAAAAAUGUGAUGACCAAACUAUAAAAGAGGUGCUUAUCUCUAGAGGAUCUCGAAAUUUGAGAAGUUUUAAAGACCUAAACACAACAAAUACUCCAAAACUACAAGGAACAAGAGAAAGGUCUUUAGAUGAGAAUCAUUCUGAUACUCAAUACAUCUUCGCUACUUCUGAUGCUCCAUAUGAAAAAGAGAACACAAAUACAUCAGAAGGUAAUGAAGAAAAAGAGGAAUUGGUUACUAAGAUGCCUCUAAAUCCUCGAGGAAUCAUUAAUUCAACUGAUUUCAAAACUAUUAUGAUGACUGCCACCUUUAUUCCAUUUAUUAAACCAGGAAUCCCUCGAUUCCAAAUCAACCAGAAAGAGAUCUGCCAAGCAAAGAUUAAUUUUAAGAAAUAAGGAGAAGCUAUUCAUUGAGAAUAUUUGUCUAAGAGACAACAUUAUCAGCUACAAUUCUCGAAAUAAUAAAGAAACUCCGAUCAAGAAUGAGACAUCGAACAUUUCUCAUCACCCAGAGCUUAAUGAUUUGAAAGCAGAAUCCGGAAAUAACAAUGAAAUUGAUGAAGAGUUAGAUAAAUCAAUCACUCAGAUAAAUAGUUCCAUGAAGGAUCCAGCUCAAAAGCAGGCAAUAUCUCCAAUCCAGCCUUGUAAGGAAUACAAUCAUUAUUCCCAAAGCGGAAAUCCUUACAAUACAAGACACCCGAAGCCGAAGAGAUAUGUGAGGAACACGAAUUUUAGAGUGCAGAAUAAUAAAUCCCAAGCUCAGUACCAGAGGAGCGAGCUAGGCUCUGCAGUUUGUUCUCGAGAAAGAGACAUUUUCCCAACAAGUACCAAGGUUCAUCAGGCUAAUAAUUUUGAGUUAAGGAGCUUCACCGUCCACACUUCAGGUGUGAACCAUGAGCUUAACAGAACCAGGGAUGAGGUAGGAACUAGACUUCCUUUCAUCCAAAAAGCAGAGAAUAGCAAGAAACUGAUGAAUUAUACAAAUAGCUCUAUCAGACAAUAUAGUUUGCCAAAGAGAGCAAACGUUAGGUAUUCAACAAAGGAAAGCGUAUCGAUUAAGAAUUCACAAGCGAAUGGCACUUAUCAUCAAAAAGUGAUACGCUCACCAAGACCAACAACUAUUGCUCAGGAAAGAAUCGGAGGGAAAUAUGAAAAGAUCCUACCAGACAAGCGGCCUCUUAAGAAAAUCAAAGGAAGAAUGAGGCAAUUUAAUUCGUCUAAAGGGUCUCAGAGGGAAAGCUUAGAGCGCCCGAUUACUAUAAAAAGCACAGCUAAGAGCAAGUUUACUCCUUAUCCAAGACUCUCUAAGAAAAAUGAGAAAGGCGAUAAUAAGAUCAAUGAAAAUAAGCUACCUACAUCUCUUCUUAAAGUUAAAUCAAACUCUCGAGCAGGAGCUUCUCAGCCCAAACCCCAGAACUCCAAAGGCCCUCUUCCUGCUUGUAAAUCUCCUUCUUUACCCUCCAACAUGCUUCAAAUAUACAAAUACCACAAAUCCCACUUAAAAUAUUCAAAAAUCCAGAAACUAAGCCUCCAAUCUAAGAUGUCUUAUUCAUUAAAUCCCCAAUAAAUAUUCAA